CCUUCACGUCAGUGCAACGUUCUUCAUUUAAUUUCUCGUUGUCCGUUCCCUCGCCCUUCCUUGGACCCUUUUCACAUAGCUUCCAGCCCCAAUCUCAUUUUACCCUUUUAAAGAUCAAGGGGGAAAAAGGGGCAAAAAGAAAGUCUUCUCAAAGCGUUUAUAUCAUCUUCCUCCAUUUCGUCUACGAAAAAGGUGCAGUUUCUGACAUGUGGUGAGAAUUUGAGCACCUAGCGCUUCUGUUUACCUCUCACCCAUCUGGGUUUUCUUCGUUUCUUAAAUAAUUUAGCUGUCACGGGCUCUGUGAUCAUCUUCUUCCAAAACCCACAAAGAGUUUUAUGGAAGAACUGUGAAGACUAAUUUAAGAGUCGAAAAGGAAAGAUGAGGGGAAUGGAGGACUUAUGGGGUUUGUUCUGUGGAGGACAUGACUGUUCAAGUGGUAGUGAGAAACCUUGUGGCUUUCUUUCUGAUUCCCCUUCAUGUAAUACUCAAGCCUUGUUCAUCUGUUUUGAUUUUCUACUGUUGAUCUUGCUUGUAUCCAAUAUUGUGGGGAAGUCAGUGAAAAGAUCUCACAUGUCGAAUCGAAUUCGAAGUCGUUCUGCUUUGCAGAUUUUGUCUGCUAUCUUCAAUGGUUGUGUUGGAUUAGUGUACCUUGGCUUGGGAAUUUGGAUUCUGGUGGAGAAAUUGAGUAAAGAUCAUACUGCUUUGCCUUUGCAGCUGUGGUUAUCUGCCACCGUCCAUGGCUUCACAUGGUUAUUGGUGAGCUCCGUUAUUAGCUUCUGGUGUAAACAGUUUCCAAGAGCCUUGUUGCGCUUAUUGUCCAUUGCAGCAUUCGUGUUUACUGGAGUUAUUUGUGUUCUAUCAGUUUUCGAUGCUGUUUCGAACAAAACAGCAUCAGCAAAGAUGAUUUUAGAUGUUGUAUCUGUUCCAGGAUCAGUUCUGUUAUUGAUCUGCGCUUUUGGGUGUUUUUCCCGUAACGAGAGCGAGACGAGUAUCAAUGGGAAUGGACUUUACACCCCACUAAACGGUGAGGCCAAUGAAAGUGAUAAGGUUGAUCUUGUUACUCCAUUAGCUAAAGCUGGAUUGUGGAGUAAAUUUUCGUUUUGGUGGAUGAAUCCUUUGAUGAAAAAGGGGAAGGAAAAGACUCUGGACUACGACGAUAUACCGAUGAUGUGCGAAGAAGAUUGUGCAGAAAGUUGCUACUUGCAGUUCACAAACAAAAUGAACGAGCUGAAAAAGAAAGAACCAAAUUCCCAACCAUCAGUCUUAAGAGGCAUCAUUUUAUGCCAUUGGAAGGACAUAUUAUUGUCUGGUUUUUUCGCUUUGUUGAAGAUACUCUUUCUGUCUGCUGGUCCUCUGCUUCUAAAUUCCUUUAUCUUAGUUGCUCAGGGACAUCAAAGCUUCAAAUACGAAGGUCUUGUGCUUGCCCUUUCACUUUUCUUCUCGAAAAGCAUCGAAUCCAUAUCACAAAGGCAAUGGUACUUCAGAAGCAGGCUUGUUGGUCUAAAAGUCAGGUCUAUGCUUUCAGCAGCCAUUUAUAAGAAGCAAUUGAGAUUGUCCAACGAAGCUAAGUUGAUGCACUCGAGCGGUGAAAUCAUGAACUAUGUGACCGUGGACGCAUACAGGAUUGGAGAGUUUUCAUAUUGGUUCCACCAAACUUGGACCACGAGUCUUCAGCUCAUUAUUGCACUUUUGAUCCUCUACAAAGCAGUGGGAAUAGCAACCAUUGCCUCCUUUUUGGUAAUAAUUCUAUGUGUAAUUGGCAACACUCCAAUUGCCAAGCUACUGCAUAAGUAUCAGAGUAAAUUGAUGGCUGCACAAGACGAGCGACUGAAAACGUUCACCGAGGCUCUCGUGAACAUGAAGGUUUUGAAGUUAUAUGCUUGGGAAUCCCAUUUCAGGAAUGUAAUUUCGAAGUUAAGAGAAGUGGAGCACAAGUGGUUGUCAUCUGUGCAAAUUCGAAAAGGAUACAAUGGUAUUCUCUUUUGGUCAUCUCCUGUUAUUGUAUCUGUUGCAACCUUUGGGGCUUGUAGCCUUUUGGACAUUCCGCUACAUGCCAAUAAUGUUUUCACCUUUGUGUCUACGCUGCGCCUUGUUCAAGAUCCUGUUAGAUCUAUGGCUGAUGUCAUUGCAGCGAUUAUUCAAGCACGGGUUUCAUUUACGCGUAUCGUUAACUUUCUGGAGGCACCAGAGCUGCAAGGUACAAGUGUUUGUAGAAAGCGCCUUGACACGAAUGAUAACUACUCCAUUAAGAUCAGUUCAGCAUCUUUCUCAUGGGAAGAGAACUCCUCGAAGCCGACUCUUCGUAAUAUAAAUCUCGAGGUCAGAUCAGGUUCGAAGGUUGCAAUAUGUGGAGAAGUUGGCUCAGGAAAAUCUACUCUUCUAGCAGCCAUUCUCGGUGAAAUUCCAAAUGUUGAGGGAAAUAUUCAAGUUUAUGGAAGGCUUGCCUAUGUGUCUCAAAUAGCAUGGAUCCAAACAGGAACCAUACGAGACAACAUCUUAUUUGGCUCUCAAAUGGACAGCUGGAGGUAUCGGGAAACGCUCGAGAAGUGUUCGUUGGUGAAGGACCUCGAGUUGCUUCCUUAUGGUGACCUCACUGAGAUUGGGGAGAGAGGAGUGAACCUCAGUGGUGGCCAAAAGCAGAGGAUUCAACUCGCACGUGCGCUGUAUCAAGAUGCUGAUAUAUAUCUUUUGGAUGAUCCGUUUAGUGCUGUUGAUGCACAUACCGCCACAAGUUUGUUCAAUGGAUAUGUUAUGGAAGCUCUCUCGGGUAAAACGGUUCUUCUCGUGACUCAUCAAGUCGACUUCCUGCCUGAUUUUGAUUCUGUCCUGCUAAUGUCGGACGGGGAAAUUCAAGAAGCAGCCCCUUAUCAUCAUUUGUUGGCACAUAGCAAAGAGUUUCAGGAUCUUGUCAAUGCACACAAAGAGACUGCUGGUACUGAAAGGCUUGCAGAUUUUUCUGCCACCAAGAGUUUGAUAACAUCAAGUAAAGAGAUUAAGAAAUCUUAUACAGAGAAACUGUCCGUAACAUCUGAUGCUAAUCAGUUAAUUAAGCAGGAGGAGCGAGAAGUCGGUGACUCGGGAUUCAGGCCUUAUAUUCAGUAUCUGAAUCAGAGCAAAGGGUUUAUCUUCUUCUCCUUAGAUGUUCUCUCCCAAUUAGCAUUUGUGGCAUGUGGAAUAAUGCAAAACUCUUGGAUGGCUUCGAAUGUCGACAAUCCCGACAUCAGCAACUCCCGCUUGAUCCUCGUUUACUUGUUGAUUGGAAUUAUUUCAACAUUCUUCUUGGUUACUAGAUCUCUUUUCACAGCUCUUUUAGGUUUGGAAUCAUCAAAAUCAUUAUUUUCUCAGCUACUAACAUCUCUUUUUCGCGCACCGAUGUCCUUCUAUGACUCCACACCUAUUGGAAGGAUACUUAGUCGAGUCUCAAUGGAUCUUAGUAUUGUAGAUCUUGAUGUCCCAUUCAGUCUAAUAUUUGCUGUUGGUGCAACCUCCAAUGCCUAUGCUGCUCUCGGCGUUUUAGCUGUAAUCACGUGGCAAGUCCUAUUCAUCUCCAUACCGACAGUCGUUUUGGCGAUUUGCUUGCAGAGAUACUACUUUGCAUCUGCUAAAGAACUCAUGCGUCUUAACGGGACAACGAAGUCGAUGGUAGCAAAUCAUUUGUCCGAAUCCGUAGCUGGAUCAAUGACAAUACGAGCUUUCGAAGAGGAAGAGCGAUUCUUUAAGAAAAACCUUGAAUUCGUCGAUGGAAAUGCCAGUCCAUUCUUUCACAAUUUUUCGGCCAACGAGUGGCUGAUACAACGGUUGGAAAUGCUCAGCGCGGUCGUCCUUGCCUCCGCUGCAUUGUGCAUGGUGUUGCUACCAACUGGAAGCUUCAGCCCUGGUUUCAUUGGAAUGGCAAUCUCUUAUGGCCUUUCUUUAAAUGUGUCCUUGGUCUUCUCCAUCCAGAAUCAAUGUACUAUAGCUAAUCACAUCAUUUCUGUGGAAAGAUUAAACCAAUACAUGCACUUACCGAGCGAAGCUCCGGAGAUCAUCGAAGAGAGACGUCCCCCAACCAACUGGCCCUCUGUCGGCAAAGUCGAGAUAAUUGACUUGAAGAUACGAUACCGACCCAAUACACCCCUUGUUCUUCAUGGUAUAAGCUGCACAUUUGAAGGAGGACAUAAGAUUGGCAUUGUUGGGCGGACUGGCAGUGGAAAGUCUACUCUUUUAAGUGCCAUAUUCCGCUUGGUUGAGCCAGCGGGAGGAAAAAUUUUAGUUGAUGGUAUCGACAUCUGCUCGAUCGGACUUCAUGACCUGCGGUCACGUUUCGGGAUUAUACCUCAAGAUCCAACCCUUUUUAAAGGGACUGUUAGAUACAAUUUGGAUCCUUUAGUUCAGCAUACUGAUGAUGAAAUAUGGGAGGUACUUGGAAAGUGUCAACUUAGAGAGGCUGUUGAAGAGAAAGAAGCCGGUUUGGAUUCCAUGGUUGUGGAAGAUGGUUCGAACUGGAGCAUGGGUCAGCGCCAACUUUUCUGUUUAGGCCGUGCGCUGUUGAGAAGAAGUAGAAUAUUGGUGCUCGAUGAGGCAACUGCGUCGAUCGACAAUGCAACGGAUAUGAUUCUGCAGAAGACGAUUCGAACUGAAUUCGCAGACUGUACGGUGAUUACAGUUGCACACAGAAUACCAACUGUUAUGGACUGCACCAUGGUGCUUGCUAUAAGUGACGGGAGAAUAGCAGAGUACGACGAACCGACCACGUUGAUCAAGAGAGAAGGCUCUCUAUUCGGGCAGCUCGUGAAAGAAUAUUGGUCUCACUCACCAUCUGCAGAAUGAUUUUGAUCCCAACAUUGUUAGUCUAUCAACUUCUUUUGCUUUAUGAUGAGAAAUUGUAGACGUUGAAAGAUUAAGGGCGUGGAUUUUUGAGUUAUUUGUUGUGGUGCAGUCUGCAUCGUGCAGAAAUGUCCAUUUCCUCAUCAGAGAAAGCUGAUUUGAACUGUGUGAACCACAUUUUUGUAAGGUAAUCAUGUGUGCCAACCCAUUAGUUUACAUGAAUAAUUUGUGAAGUAUCUUUCCAAUUGCAUAAUUGUUCAUUUGUACCGGUAGAAGUUGUGUUGAGAGGAAUAUAUGUUCUAUCUACUUUAUUCAUUCAAUGAACCUUCCACUUACUUACC